AUGUCACACGGCGAACGUGCUAACAGAUUUGAUUGUUAUGUUGUCGCGGGACAGUGCGUGACUCGCGAAGUGUCGGGAGCACCUACCCUCGGCGAGAUGUCAGGCGCUGCCACCCCGACGGCGGUGGAAGCACCGCCGCUAGACGACCGAGAUGUGGAGCCGCGUACUCCGAUGAAACGUCUUGGCUCUACCAGGAAACUGGCUGCUUUUAACAGUGAGCCCAUAUUUGGCGGCCAGUGGCAGUCUUACAUGGCAAUAUGGCGUAUUCUUAGAGAGGUUGAUAUACCCCUCGAUGGUGGCUCGCCUUAG